AUGCGACCCUCAACGGCGUGUUUGAACUGUAGAAGUUCUAAGCGCAGAUGCGAUCGCGCAGACAGCUCAGCAGCAUGUUCCCAGUGUGUUCAGCGAAACUUGCAGUGCCCAACUACAAUCACCAGCCCCCAACUUUCAAGAACAUCAGAUGUUCGAGAUCCUCGGCGCUCUAGUCAGUCAUUCCAUACAAGAGACGAGAGGAUGUACUUGGUAGACCUCUACUUUCGCUUUGUUCAUGACUCCCCUCACAGCCUCUUCCAUGAGCCCACUUUUAAAGCCAGUGUUGCAGACGGUUCAGUGUCCAAACCUGUUCUCCUUGCUAUGCUAGGUUUGUCUGCAAGGUUUGCUACAGAGUCUGAUAUUGUUGCUCGUGGGCCAAUGUAUCGCGCUCAAGCUACUGCAGCAUUAAAGGAAGACUUGGAACAUAUUUGUAUCGAGAACAUCCAAGCUUGUAUUCUCGUUGGGAACAACUUCUUCGGCGAAGGAGACGCAGAUGCUGAGUCUCUGUAUUUUGGACUUGCAAGUCGAAUGACUCAAAUCUUGAAGCUGGGUGAGAUUGACGAAAAUGAUGACGGCGUGAUGCGAGAAGUCAAGAGACGUAUAUUCUGGACGUGCUUCAUUAUCGACACUUGGGCUAGUGGGGGUUCUAACCUCUCACCGCAGUUCAGAUGGGGAACCAAACAACCUCGAGGACCACUCGACGAAUACAUGUUCUACAACAUGAGAUCGGGAGAUGGAGACGUCGCAGACUUAGAGUGGAAGCCUGGGUUGUGGGCUCACAUGGUCAGACUGGUUGGGUUAUAUGCUGAGAUACAGAACCUCCAGCAAGAACUCGCGAAUGGGGUUGAGUGGAACGAAUCCUCUAUAGAUGAGUCAGUGCAACGACUUGAAGCUGAGCUCAGGGCUUUCGAGGAGGGUUUGGGCCCUGGAUUGGUGUUCUCAAGGGAAAACCUGGUUUCUUUCGUCAGGCGUGGCUUAGGGCGCGUCUUCAUUGCCUUUCAUCUGGGCUAUCAUCAUUAUUAUACGCUUUUAUUUUACCAAUACCUCGACCAUCGUCGACCGCCGACAAGAAACGGCCGCAAGUACGCUAGCUCCUGCAAAGCGCAUGCUGCCAUUGUAUGCGACGUUCUCAAGGCCUCCCGAGAGGUCCCCGGAGCCGAAGCGCUCUACAACAUCGUGGGACAUGUGACAAUCGUGUCCUCGUCGGUGUUAUUGCACACAUAUCUAUUCGGAGAGUCUCAUGAGCUUGAGGAGUCAAGAGACCGGCUGAGUUCAAACCUCGAAUCCUUGGUACAACUGAGAAAUUACUGGCCCAGCGUGGAGAUGAUGAUCAAACGACUGGUUGUCUUUCAGAAGAAUUGCAUUCAAUCAAUGAAUGCAGAGUCUUACCGAUUCGACAGGUGGAUGGUCAAGUUUCUCAUUGCUCACGCACUUGCUCUUGAAGACAAGGUGGAUGAUAGCUGGUCAGCUGCCAGCGUGGAUGCAACAAACGGAGAUGCCCAUCUAGAGCGAGGUCGUAUCACUCAAGCCAUGAUUAUGGAUAUACAAAACUACGAUACAGAGACAUGA